AAUGACAACAAAUAUAAACAAUAUAGAUGUUGCACCUGCAAAUGCAACACUACCACCAAGCUUGACAUUUACAAAUCAUUCUCUUACAGUUGUUAUAAUAUAUUGUAUGUGUUUUAUCAUUGCUGCUGUUGGUAAUUUAACUGUAUUUGUAACAUUGUCAAGAGGAAGAUAUAGAAAAUCACGUAUAUCAUUGAUGAUUUGUCAUUUGUCCGCUGCUGAUUUAGUUGUUACAUUUAUCAUGAUUCCAGUUGAGGUGAGUUGGCGUCUUACAGUACAAUGGGUCGCUGGAAAUAUUGCUUGUAAAGUAUUUUCAUUUCUUCGUGCAUUUGGUCUUUAUUUAUCAAGUAAUAUCCUCGUCUGUGUUUCAUUAGACAGAUAUUUUGCUGUUCUUCAUCCACUAAGAGUUACAGAUGCAAAAAGACGCGGUAAAAUUAUGCUAACGAUUGCUUGGAUAAGUAGUGUUAUUUAUGCAACACCACAGUAUUUUAUUUUUCAUGUAUCAACACAUCCAGAAUUUCCAAAUUUUCAUCAAUGUGUCACGUUCGAAUCAUUGGAUAAAAAAUCAGAAAAUUUAUAUGCAAUAUUUUGUGUAUUAGCAAUGUAUUUUAUUCCAUUGAUAAUUAUUUGUUGGGCUUAUACAAAAAUAUUAUGUGAAAUAACCAGCAAAAGUCGUGGUCUUGAUCAAGUUAUUCCAAAGUCAAACAGCAGUAACACUUGUGAUAGCACUGGAACCAGUACCACUGGCAGUAGAAUGAGACUGAGAAGAUCAGACAUGAGUUGCAUUGAACGAGCAAGAAGUAGAACCCUCAAAAUGACAAUAACAAUUGUUGCUGUAUUUAUUCUCUGCUGGACACCAUAUGUUGGAAUGUUACUUUGGUACACAAUUGAUCGUCCAAGUGCUGAAAAAGUUGAUUCAAGAAUACAAGAAUUUUUAUUUUUGAUGGCUGUUAGUAAUUCAUGUGCAAAUCCACUUGUUUAUGGAAGUUAUGCUAUUGAUUUUCGUAAAGAAUGCUGUAGAUGUUUUUUACCAUAUCCAACAGCAUCAUCAUCAAGAAGAAUGGAAGGAGCUUAUGAGCUUGCUAAUCGUAAUGCAAAUGGAGGAAUGAUUCGUGUUAAAAAAAACCCGGGCGUCAGCUCAGUUAUAUGUGCUGUUAUUCCUGAUAUUCUUAAAGGUAAAGAUAGUAAAAGUACACAGUAUUCUGGUACUGCACUGUUACCAAUGAACUCAGACAGACAAAGAAUAUCAGAGAGUUUAUCUUCAAAAAAAUCACUAACUGUUGUAUAAUAUUAAUUUUAAAAAAUAAUUAAUGUACUUUUUUUACAAUAUAGAAAAAAAAAAAGAAACAAAAAUGUUUAAUGUUUCAAAUAUUGUGAGUGUGAAUUUGAAUGCAAUUUGAUAAAAAAAAAUUGAUGCUCACGUCCGGUUACGUGUGUUCACAAAAAUUCAUGAAUUAAAGAUUUUAUAAUAAAAAAAAAAAAAAAAAAAGAAUAAAUAAAUGUUUACAUAUCAGUAUUGAUCUUUGAACUGAAAACCAAUUUUUAAAUAAAUUACUUCAUUUUAUACUAAA